UUGAAAAUCACUUUUCCGCCGUUUAAGAUUUAAGUUUCAUCUGAUCGUGAAAAUUUUCAGUGUGUGGACAUGAAACUUGACAAGGACAGUUGUUAAGAACAACAUUAAAAUGAAAUUUAUGAAAUAUUACUGACGAGACAUACGUUAUUUAGAAGUGACGGGAUUAUAUCUGCUUGUACUUAUUUUAUAAGAUCAAUGGCUAACAACAAACAAAAUAUCGAAUCGUUUCUAACUUGUGUUGACUGUCAACAAUACUUUGGGGAGAAAGGAAGAUCACCUCACGUAUUACCAUGUUUACAUACAGUCUGCUCAAACUGCUUGAAAAGACGGAUAGAAAACCAGAACGUCAAAUGCCCGGAUUGCAACGAAACGUUCGAAGCAAGAGGAAAUGAUAUCAGCGCUUUCCCGAUUGAUAGCGGUAGACGUCACGUAGUAGACUGUUACCGUGUGCAGAAGAAGUCUGCGGAAUUCUAUUGCAACCAGUGCCAUCCUAACAAAGUGGUAGCUGCAAGUAGAUGUAAAGACUGUGACGAAUUCCUGUGUAAAACUUGCUCCGAUGCACAUAAUCGUACAAAGUUAACCAAACGCCAUGUUGUUUUAUCUCUGGAUAUGUUGAAAGAAUCACCACUAGAAGACUUCCAUAAUAAACUUACAUGCACCGUAGAAGGACACGAGGGACAGCCAUUUUCACAUUUCUGUGAAAGCAGGUCUUGUAACAAACCUAUAUGUAGUUUGUGUUUAGUCCAAUUCCAUCAGCGAGAUGAUGGUCACGAUGUAAAAUAUUUGAACGAUGUAUACGUAGAAAAAAAACGAAUAGUUGAAAAUAAUCUUCUAGACAUACGACACAAGAAAACCAAAGUGGAUGAAGCCAUAGAUCUUUUAAAUGAUGAAGUUCAGAAUCUAUAUUUGAAAGAGAGUUCAAUUGAACAAGAUAUUGAACAAGCCUUUACAAAAUGCUUUGAUGUCCUAGAUGAGCGAAAGGCAGUUCUAAAGCAAAUGCUUUCUGAUGUGUCUGGUAAAAAGAAGAACGAUCUUGACCUCCAACUUGAUGAACUUUCGACCAAGAAAGAUUCAAUAGAUCAAGCUAUUAAGUUUUCUGAAGACCAUUUAGCUUACAGCAACGGAGCAGAAUUCUUGAUUAUGAAGGAUCAGAUUAUCAGUAGGACAAAUGCUCUACGUGAUCAACAGAUAGACACUACACCACACACCACAGCGGAAAUGGCUUUUGAGUUGGUAAACAUGGAGGAAGAGUUCAGAGAAUUUGGAAAAGUAAUGGGUGACAUUUGGGCAACAGCCGCAUAUGUGCCGAAGACAAGGGUUCAAACGUUCGAUAUUUCCAUGGGUAAGGAACAAGUAGUUUUGAUUGUCUCGCCUCACGACUCUCACAAUCGACCAAUCAACGAAAGCGGAAUUGACAUCAAAGUGGACAUACUCGACUCCAAAGGAAAGCGUUACCAAGGUAUUGUAGUGGAUCAUGGGAAGAAAUUUGGCUCCUACAAAGUCUACUUUACUCCCGUACGUUCUGGAGAGCACAGAGCUUAUGUUACAAUGCUUGGUUUAACUUUAUCAAAGGACGGUUUUGGAUUUAUGGUGAACGAAGACCUUACAGUGAAAAAAGCCGAUCUUCGUAUUAACCUUAAAUCCACGUCGACCAAAACAGCUAGAAAAUCACAACCUCUAAUAGGAAAAAUGUCGGACAGAUCUACUGAUAUUAGAGUCACAAGUGGGAUGAUGAGCGACACAGAUGCCGAUUCGAAUGCAGACCGAAAUUCUAAUGUCAACGAAUUUCCACCUUACAGAGCUGUAGGAGAAAUUAUUUGCCCAGAAUUUUCGUUUGACCUCAAAAGCACGUAUCAUCAGUAUGAACUUUCGGAAGAUUAUAAAACGUUGAUCAACCAGAAGUCAAGACGACCACCAUCACGUGAUUUGUCUACUGCUUUCCAAAACUACAGAGGUACCAUAGCAACGAAACCCCUGGGGAAAACUAACCAACAUUAUUUCGAAUGUUCGGUCCACUUUUUCGUAAAGCGUCAGCUACGCCAAGAUCUGAUAUUUGAAAUUGGCAUUGCACGCAAAUCGGAAGUUGAUAUGAAUUACACUUUGGACAAUCAUGCCCUUGCAUGGACAUUCUGUGCCCGUCGAUGUAAUAUUUGCCGCACGAUUUGUCUUCAGUGUUGGAACAAUGGGCAGCGUUUGUUUCACACACCAGCAACAGAAAACUCUCCUCCAGGCACUACUCACAAAACAACAUACGGGUUCCUGCUUGAUACAAGGAAUAAACAAUGGAUUGUUGUAGAUGCAAAAAGUAGAAAGUUUAUCUUUAGAUUCAGAAAUGUCGAUGUUAGUCGACCUUUGUGGCCGACAUUUGGAGUAUACAAUCCUGAUCUUGUAAAUGUUACUUUAAAUCUUCGUUCCGGACGAGAGAUAACAACAGUAUUAGAGGUUCCUUUCGAUUUAUAAUUAGAUUGUUGACUCUAUCAUUGACAAUUUAUACGAACUACCGGUAUUAUAUAUAUAUUAUAUCCGAUAAUGUGUGAUUUUUAAAGACAUUUAACUAUUUAAG